GCAGGCUCGUUGUUCCGUCAUGUCGUCGACUGCUUCGCCUGCAGCGCAGGUACUUCCGAAGUUCGACGACACCUUCGGCGCAGCCCUCGUAGGAGGCUUCAUUGCUGCGACUUUGUUUGGUGUCCUAUGCAUCCAGUGCCAUAUGUUCUUCUUGAAGUCCUAUGGAGAGAACGUAUAUGUGAAAGUUUCGAUUGCUUUUCUGCUGGUAUUCAACGCCAUGCACACCGUGUGUAUAAUCCAUAGCCUUUACUGGUUCAUGGUCACAAAUUAUUUGAACCCUCUCGUGUUGCUAGAAGCUGUGCCCUGGAGCCUACCGAUUACAGUUUUUUUUACGGGAUGGAUUGACUUCACCGUGCAAGGAUGGUUCACCUAUCGAGUAUGGCGAAUCAGCAAGCACAACCGGCUCUUGACUUUGGCUUUGGCUGUACUUAUUCUCGUCGUCUUCGGGAAUUGCAUGGCACUAGUCGCGAGACUACUCCAAGUGAAGACGUUCCCGGACUACUCAGAGGCGAAUUGGCUGGUCUACUUCGGGCUUGCAUUAACUAUCGUCACCGACCUCAGCAUCGCUCUCACGUUAUGCUAUCUGCUACGGAAGUUACGCAGCAUGGCGUUGCGUCGGACGCGCUCAGUGCUUAAUUACGUUAUGGUUUACGUUGUUAAUACCGGUCUCUUCACAAGUAUUGUUUGCAUUGCUACCCUGGUCUCGCGAAUAGCCAUGCAGGAUAACUUCGUCUUCGUCGCCUUAUUCUAUUCCCUGGGCAGCCUGUACUCGAACGCUUUGCUUGGAUCCCUCAACGCGCGGGACUGGUUCCGUAGUGGCUCUGCUAAGGGGCAAGUCUCGAUUCCGUUGAGCACCGUGGCUUCAGGCAGCGAGCAGAGCAAUACCCGCCCGAUAGCGUUUGCGCCUUACGACGACAAUCUGACGCAUCAGGAUAGCAGUAUGCCAAGCACGAGAGGGAGACAGACAGAUGUUGAAGCAGAUGGCGACGCUGUGAAAGCAGCACUUUGACCGGCGCGACCCCGUCCUUGAGUCCCAUCCGUCUUUUCGCCCACAUACUACUGGCCUAGUCUAAGCUUACACUACACUCGUU